GAAUAUGUCAGCGCUGUUCGGGUGCUACUGAGGAUAUCAAAGUGGCGAAAAAAGUAGGAAUAACUUUUAGGAAGUUAGCCACGAGCAUACCGGCUGGCCCGAACGACAUUUAGGGAUGUUAAAUUCGGACGGUUUAGGUGAAGGACAACAAGCAUGGGGCGAUCGGCGACCAAGAAAUGAGAUGCCACCGUAUUUCAGAACUCCUGCACCCAGUAUGCAUUCUCGAGGCCCUGGCCUCAUGCCCGGCCACCCUAUGCCGUAUCGUGGCCACAUGGGUCUCCAUCCACAGACCUCGCAGCAUGUGCCCGCAAACGUAACGAUGUUUUCACCGCCGGUCUCCAAGAAUGGUCCUCCUGUAGGCCCCUCGGGGACAGGGCCUGCAAGUAACAUGGAAUUUGGGGGCUACAAAUCGAGUAACCAGAUUGAUGAAGGCACAUGGUCGUCGACAAAUCCUCCCGGUGGUUCGUUUGAGAAUAGAAUGUAUGAAGGUCAAAGCUUUAAUGGACAACAGCAGCCAAAUGAGAACGUGAACAUGAGCUAUCCCGAUGUAAAUGCUUUACUGAACAAAGAACCUGAGAUACCCUUCAGAGCAGGAAUGAACUCUUCACAGAGCCUGAUGGGUCCCACUGUGCCAAUGUCUCCUAGCGCCAUGUCACCCAGCAAGUAUUCCUCCUACUACAACAAAAGGCCUGAAGGACGACGAACUAACCAUGGACCAAAGUCUAGAAAGGUCUAUCCUCCACAAAGUCCUGAUGACUAUGGCCAGGAAUCGCCAAAUCGUUAUACUUCCCCGAAACCUUCCUACGUCGACAACUUCUACAUGGGGGACCCAUCGCCCCAUGGUGCAUCAGAUCACUGGUCAUCCAACAACGGUCUCCCGACAUCAACAUACCCCUCGUCCAUGUUGCCAGGCAACACACAGUACUCACAGGCACCAUCAUACUCAGCCAUCCACCAUCCUCAUGACAUGGGCUACCCCACCAUAUCAAUGGCCCAAGAAAACAUGUUACAGUCGGGUCUACCCCCAAUGUCAACGUUCCGCGGGGGCACGACUUUACCCCCAAGCUCUUCUUCCUUCUCCUCCUCAUCCCCCUCCGUCAAUGGCGACAUGAUGGGUGGUCGGGCUACACAAGGCCCGUCACAGACCGGUGACGCCCUCGGAAAAGCAUUAGCGUCGAUAUAUUCACCAACAGAUCAUACAAGCAGUAAUUAUGGCUCUAAUUCCUCAACACCAGUAUCUUCCCCGCCCCCAAUGUCAGGUGCAGCAAGCCAGUGGCAACGCCCGUCAGCACAAAGUUCUACCUCACCACACUUUGAGAGCGGUGGCAGCGGUGGUGGUACCAGUGGUGGCAGUGGUGGCACAGGUGGCGGUGGCCCCCUCCACAAUCUGGUGAGUGUGAGUCGUAUGGAGGAGCGGAUUGAAGACGCUAUACAUGUGUUACGUCACCAUGCUGAGAUGCCUGGCAUGCCGGGGCACCAGGGGUUACCGUCCACCAUGAUGGGGUCGGGCUCACAUUCCAACGGCAUGAUGGGAAGCAUGGGUGGCCUCUCGGGCCUGAGUGGCAUGACAAGCCACCUAGAGUCACUGACAAAUAGCCAUCACUCCAUGAGUGAUAGUAGACCAAGCACAUCUGAUCCAGCCAAACCAAUUGAUGUGCUGCGUGGUGAGAGUUCUGCUGACCCAGAUCACGAGAAUCUCAAGUCCGAGUCUUUGGACAAGGCAGAGGGAGAAUCUAUGAAAAGCGAGUGCAGCUCAGGGGGAGACAAAUCUCAACUUUCUCCCGGUGGCAGUUCGACCACCGGUCCUCCUGCGAAACGGUCACGGAGUAGCACAGAACCACCUGAGGAGGACGAAUCUCCAGAGGCGAAGGCAGAACGGGAGCGUGUACGUCGCCAGGCCAACAACGCACGGGAAAGUACCGAUGAGGAUUCUCUCAGUAAAGCGAAACGACGCCAAGCUAACAAUGACCGAGAGAGGGUUCGUGUGCGAGAUAUCAAUGAGGCCUUCAAAGAGUUAGGGACAAUGGUAUCCCUGCACACAUCUAGCAGUCAGCCCCUCACCAAACUUAUGAUCCUCCAGCACGCCGUCAACGUCAUCACUACAUUGGAGGCUCAGGUUAGAGAGCGUAAUCUGAACCCCAAGGCAGCGUGCCUUAAGCGUCGUGAGGAGGAGAAGACGGAUGAAAUGCCGGGUGGGCGUGGUCUAUCAUCAGAUGACAUUGCUGCGCAGCAGGCCGCUCUGGCAGAUAGCCCUUCCAUGAGUGUGCCGGGCAUGAUGAACGUUGGAUGUAGCCGGGUCCCUGCGGCCCGGGCAGGCACCAUCACGGGGGGUCGGGACAGUGAAGUCCAGCUACAUAGCGCCUUCUCCUACCUUGGACAGGAGAACAACCCUGUGACCUCUGACCCCUACAGGUACGGUGAUGUUAAGUACUCGGUGCGGGACUGUGAUGGCAGCCUAGGAGGAGCAUCCUUACCCCAGAAGAAAUACCUGGGGGAUGGAACUGGAGGUCGUCCCUCCCAGGGGAUGAGCGGAGAGGAAAAGACCCGGGGAGGCAUGUUUGGAAGCAUGCAGUGUUCACGGACUAAAUGAUGCAUAUAGCAUACAGUGUUCACAGACAUUAUGACGCAGGGAGCAGGCAUUGUUCACAGACAUAAUGAUGCAGGGAGCAGGCAUUGUUCACGGUUAAAGUGACAUGAAAAACAUGUAUUGCUGGUAGACUCCUUAACAAGGAGCAUGUAUUGUGGUUCAUGAACUAAACGAUGCAGGAAGCGUGUCGUUCACAGACUUUGUGAUGUUGCAUGCUAGCCAGAUUUACAUACAUAAAAUAUGUAUAUAUAUAUAUAUAGAUAUUACACUAUGGCGGACGUGAGGGAGGAACCAGGUUGUACAUACGUUGAAUCCUACUUCUGUACAUAUUCAGGCCUAGUAGAGAAGUCUGUACCACUGUGUGAUCUGAUCACUCGGGACCGGGUGUUGUAUGAGUCUUAUAAAACAAGCAACACAUGAUGUAGAUGAUGUAUUGCUGAAAGGUUGGAGGGAGUGGUUGUGACGUGGUGUUAGAUGUCAGGAGUCAUGCAUUAGAUAUCCGAGGUCAUUUAUAAAAUCUCUUGGGUCGUGCGGUGAAUCUCGGGGUUGAUAUAUAAGAUCUUGGGUCAGGUGUAAGAUCUGCUGAGUCAUAUAUCAUGUUUGGAAGUAUAGUUAUAGUGGGCAGUGCUGGACAAGUAAUCUGUUUUUAGGCCUAAGAAUUAUGAGAAAGCCCUUCAGUUGAGCCUAGGUUCAAAGGUCGAUUAUAGUGGGCGAUCAUGUUGUAGCAAGAUUGUGCAUGUAUUAGUAUGCAUAUCCUGUUUUGUAUUGAUUUCCUGUGAUUUUUUUUUUUUUUAUAAAUUCUAGUGUUAUCUUCCUGAAAUGCAAGGAUGUGAAUUUCAGACAGUUUAUGGAACAAUGAGUAUGGGGUUUGCAUUCAGUCUGUUCCUGGUUCAUUCUUAGGUGUGAAUUAAAGGGAGACUGAUCAUUUAGUUUGAGUGUAUACCCAUGAUUUGGAACUGAGAGAGGACUGCUAGAUUUGGUUGGUUGUGAACAUCUAUUUAGUGUGAUAGCGACCACUAGGUGCGACCUUUUGUGCCUUGGUCAGUGAACUAAACAGCUUUAUUGAGAACAAGAAUCCUGUUACAUUUUUUAACUGUUAGCAGGAGGUCGCUGUUAUUAAAGUGCUGCCGUAAAUCAUCGACAUUUAUAAAAUCAUCAUCUCUCUCGCAUUACUAGUGUUCUCUACGAUGCUACGACAAUAUCUUUUGGGGAAAAUUUGGACGGGACAUUGUGAAAUUUUUUUUAGAAAAUUCUUUCGAAAUUUUUUAUUAGGUUUUGAGGACAUGUUGUAGCUUUAUGUCAAUCAGAAAUAUUCCAGAAACUCCAUUGUAAAAAUUUCCAAGACUUCUCCUUGGAUGUAUGGAGUGAAUACUUUUCAUUGUGUAUUGAAUGUUGAAAAUGAAAAGAUAUUAUAAUGUAUUUUCACACAGUUUUUUUUGGUGCAUAUUUUUCAUGUUACCUGGCUUCGGGUUUGAUAUGAUGCAUGACGUUGUGGUGUUAUUAAACAUGACGUGUUUAUUGUUACGUAUUUUAUAUAAACAUGAGUUUUUCCCCCUGUGUGAACCUUAUUUCCUGAUGUAGGAAAUUCUCCCUUUCUAUAAUUUCUAGUUAUCGAACACUGAGGCAUUAAUUUUAAGGAAAACUUUUGAAAUAUUUUUCUUUAUUUCAUUCCUUCUGUUCAAAUGAACCUUUGUGCAGUUUCACCAGUGAAUUUUGGCAUCAGCUAGUUCUGGUACACACAGCAGGAAAAACAUAUUUUCUUUCAUGAAUCUCUUAUAUUUUUUCCACAAUUUCUUUUUUUUCUUUUUUUUUUUUUUUUUGAGUGUUGAAGCCAAAAAACUAAGAUUGAUUGUCCAGACAAAACAUACCAAUGACAUGAAGAACUUCAUACUUGCCAGGUUGUUCAAAGGGCAAUACCUGGUUGUACUUAGUAGGAAUGUAAAGUCCUUAGGCUUAUCCAGGUUGUUGAUGUUUCCGGGCCAGUACCUGGUUGUAUUUAGUAUGACAGAGUGGUCAUAAGGCCUGUACAGGUUGUUGAUGUUCCAAGGGCAUUACCUGGUUGUGUUUAACAUGACUGGGUCCUUAGACCUGUCCUGGUUGUCUCUGGGAUAGUCACUAUUUGGCAUGCUGCUUGUUAGGACAUUCACGGUUGUCAGGUUUGUCGCUAUGACAGUGCCUAGUUGUCCGGUUUGUCGCUAUGACAGUGCUAGUUGUCAGGUUGGUCGCUAGGACAGUGCCUAGUUGUCAGGUUGGUUGCUAGGACAGUGCCUAGUUGUCAGGUUUGUCACUAGGACAGUGCCUAGUUGUCAGGUUGGUUGCUAGGACAGUGCCUAGUUGUCAGGUUUGUCACUAGGACAGUGUCAAGUCGUCAGGUUGGUUGCUAGGACAGUGCCUAGUUGUCAGGUUUGUCACUAGGACAGUGUCCAGUUGUCAGGUUGGUUGCUGGACAGUGCCUAGUUGUCAGGUUGGUUGCUAGGACAGUGCCUAGUUGUCAGGUUUGUCACUAGGACAGUGCCCAGUUGUCAGGUUGGUUGCUGGACAGUGCCUAGUUGUCAGGUUGGUUGCUAGGACAGUGCCUAGUUGUCAGGUUUGUCACUAGGACAGUGCCCAGUUGUCAGGUUGGUUGCUAGGACAGCGCGUGGUUGUCGGAUAUUUUCAUUGGGACAAUGCCUGCUUGUUUGGUUAGUUGGUAGGACUGGUUUUUGCCUGGUUAAUUUUGCGAGGGAAGAAACCUUGUUGUCAGUUUUCUGGCUUGUUGUUGGCCUCAUCUUACAUGUACGAAUGUAUGUGUGCAUGUUGUAUGAAAAAUCAUCCUAAAUAUCACCACAGUCACUUCCAGUUUUACAAAAUUUUAAUAAAUUUUAUCAUCUAUUUUUGAAAUGGAAUAUUUGCUACAUUGAGAAUAUGCGUAGUAGUGAUGUGAUCAAACGUACUCAGUGACCUCACUUGUCUAAUGGUAAUGGACUCUACCUUUGAAAAAAGUCUUACAAAUGUCUGAUCAUUUAUUGUUCAUAAGUGAAAAAGCCUUGUUAUAAUCGAUUUAUUGAAAUAAGAAAAAAAUUACCAUUAAGCGUAGGACUUUUUUGUAGAGUUUGGAGCUUACAAUGACUAAGGACCAGGUACUGAGUACUGUUGAUGGUAGUUUGUAGACCAGUAGGGGGCGCUGUAUCUCCUAAAUGUUAGAGGGACGUUGGGCGUCAAACAUUGGUUCUUGUAUAAAAGGGUACAAAAAUAAACAUAUAAAUGAAGA